AUGUCUUCAGUUCUCAAGGACCUUGAAAAACCGCACAUCGUUGCAAUUUUGUAUCCAGCUUCUGGCAAGCUUGACAGGCUGAAGGAAUUGAGGGUCGACCACAUCAACGCGACCCACAAGAAUGAGGACUAUACACCGCGUUAUCUAAUGACCGAGCAGCUUGAUACAAAGGAGCCAGCGCUGCACAUGUUUGAGACUACCACAGAUACACCAUCCCGCGACGGCGCAGACAAGCACACCAAAACUGAGAACUUCAAGACGCUAAUGUCAGAGUGUGAAAAGGAGGGUGUGAUGGGCAAGGAGCCAUACCUCGUGUUCACGAAGACUGUUGGUGGCUAUGACUGGGACCGUCAGAAGGUCUAG